AUGCGUCUCUCUACGCUCAUCCUGCCUGUGGCAGUGGCUCACGUUGCCAUGGCAGCUCACGUCCAUGUCCCUCAGCGACGACCGGCGCACAUGUACCGUGCCAUGGAGAGGAGGCAGCACGGCAGCUCGGAGGACGACUUUGGAGUUCUGCCAAGCCCGUCUUCAGGCGCAGGGGCGUCCUCGUCUUCCGCAGAGCCGUCUUCUAAGGCUGAGCCUUCGUCUAGCUCCACUCCCACGAAGCCUCAACAAUCGUCCUCUAAGGACACUGACACGGCGCCGACAAGCUCCGCUGCGCCUACCACCAGCAACGCCAGCCCUGCUCCCACCUCAUCCUCGACGUCUGACAAGGACAAGACAACCUCGACUAAACCUUCGGUUGCGCCCUCUUCUGAUGUUUCAUCAGACGAUCCCACUUCCUCAGAAAGCUCCACCAGCAGCCCGUCCGCUAAGCCCAGCUCCUCGUCCGAGGCCGUGACGUCUGAGUCUUCCGUCGCCCCCUCAUCAUCAUCCUCUGCUGCCGUUGAGAGCUCAGAGACUGUCGUUACCUCAACGACUGCCUCGGCGUCCCCGACCGCCCUUACCUCUGCUCGAACGCUUACCCGCUCUGCUUCCGAUACGGAGACUGACACCUCCAUCGCCCCCUCUCUCGCUACCAGGACCAGGACCGCCACCAAGAGUGCCACCGCUAGUUCUGACGAGUCCAACAAGGAUGACAAGGAAUCGGGCGGUUUGAGCACGGGUGCUAUCGUCGCCAUCGUCGUCUGUGCCGUUGUUGCUGGUGCCGCUUUCCUCGCCUGGACGCUCUUCCGCAAGCUCAAGCUCAAGAACAACCGCUUCAACGACCGCAGCCAGCCCGUCGACUUCUCGCCGGACAACGGCCCCAUGGGCGGCGACGACCUGUUCGAAAAGAGCCUGCAGCGUUCGGCGUCUGUUGCUUCCGCCGACCGGCAGCGCCGCGAGCUCGUCGCCGAGCUGGACCACGACAACAGCCUCACCGCGGGCAUUCCCGAGCACGACUUCACUGCCGGCGCUGCUCAGCCGUACGGCUACGGCGCGGACCCUUACAACAACGGCUACGACUUCUCCUCUCCCCGCAACGAGGGCUACGACCCCAACUACGGCUACCCUGCGCAUCCCGAUCAGGCUGCGAUGUACCCCGAGCACGGCUACGCCGGCGAGUACCCGACGCAGGACACGUACCACGGCGACGGGUACCAGCAGAACGGCUACCAGCAGCAAGCCGGGUACGCCGGCGACGGCUACAGUCCGACGGAGCGCGGCGGCCCCACGUCCCCGCUGUCGCCGCACGGCCACGGGGCGCAGCCGCAGUUCGACGCCUUCUCCGGCUCCGACUUUGAGAUCACGGCGCGUCCGACCGGCGGCGCUAUGGGCGACGCCGGGCCAUACGCCCAGGCCGCAUCGUACAGGUACUAA